CUUCCGCGUGCUCUCCCCGCUCUGAGAAGCCCCCACUUCCUCACGGGUCGCACAGCCGAAGGGACCGCGUUUCUCGUCUUAGUCUGAGUGUUCCGUCUCUCUUCUCUUUUGUCUCCAUUGGCAUUUUCCGUUUCGCCUGAUCUGACGUAGUAGAGGUUGCUCAAGCGUUUUAUUGAAACGUGGUCCAAUGUGGGCGUCGUUCAGCUUUUGCCUAUUACACGCAGUCCGAGCUCAGCGGUGUGUGUGUGAGUGAAUGUGUGUGUGAUUGGAGGCGGCAUGGAGGUUUUGUGGCUCCUACCGCUGCUUGUCUUGCCGGUCCUGUUUUUCACCAGCACCACGUUUGUUUUCUAUUUCAAAAAAUGUUUCUACGUGGCGUAUAUGAUGCUGCUAGCCAUGAUCGCUAUUCCCAUCUGUAUCGUGAAGAGCGGCGGACGGGACGUCGAGAACAUGCGGGUCAUUCGCUUCUUGGUGCGUCAUGUGAAGUACUUCCUGGGUCUGCGCUUUGAGGUCAGUGGCUGGGAGCACCUGCAGACCGAGGGGUCUUAUGUAAUCAUCUCCAACCACCAGUCAUCCCUCGAUGUGUUGGGCAUGAUGGAGGUUUUGCCUGAUCGCUGCACCACUAUUGCCAAGAAGGAGCUUCUGUGGGCAGGAACAGUGGGCAUGGUGUGCUGGCUGGGGGGCAUCGUGUUCAUCAACCGCAAGAAAACUAGUGAUGCUAAGAGCGUCAUGGACGACACUGCCAAGAUCAUGCUGCACGAAAAGAUCCGCCUGUGGGUGUUUCCUGAAGGAACACGGAAUCAGAAAGGUGAUAUUUUGCCAUUUAAGAAGGGCGCGUUCCACCUGGCAGUACAGGCCCAGGCUCCCAUCAUCCCCAUUGUGUUCUCCUCCUAUAGCAACUUCUACCUACGGAAGGAGAAAGAGUUCAAAUCAGGAGCGAUCACUUUGAAGAUCCUCCCCAAAAUUGAGACAAAAGGCUUGACGUCAGACGACGUGACGUCACUCUGUGACCGGUCGUACGCCGUGAUGCGUACUGCUUUCCUGGAAAUCUCUGGCCAAUCAUCUCAGUCUAAUGGGCCGUCCAUUCACUGAGCAUCUCAGUGACCUCAUCUACGGUUUCUCUCUCAUUGCCUCUCACAGCUGCAAUGCUUUCUGACGGCUCAAGACUUUGCAGUCGUGGUGAUUGACAGUAGCCGUGGCAACUAGACACUUCAAGUAUCUCCUUCGGUGUCCAUAUAAAACCACAUUACACAUUUUUACACAUGCGCUCACAUACACAAGCACACACACACACACACACACACACAAUACACAAUACACUCUGGUCUCUCAUUUGGGGACAUUUGGAAGUGCAUGGGUGUGGAGUUAAACGAGGGAAGCAACUUUUGACCUUGCCUACUGGGCACAGUCUGUUUGGAGCAUUUUUUCAAUCGCUUUAUUUCAGAAGGGAAAAUUUCUUGUGCAUUUAUUGUGCAUGCCUUUGGGACGCUUCGUCUCCCCUUCGCUUGUUAGAUCCUGAACAAUUUAUCAUGUUUUACUUUUGCUGCCUUUUCCCUGGUAAUCAGUUAUUGUAGCUGAUUUUUUUCCCCUUCAUUUGUUCUUUUAACUUGUUAUCCCUCAUGUUUGUGUUCAUGUUUGUUUUAUUUGCCAUCAGUCCUGCCUUAGGAACUCUAACCAAUCAAAAGUGUUCCUUACAUGUAAAACUACCACCAGUGGCAAACUUCCACCAUUCCAAGUCUCUACCCCUUAAAGCAGAAUUCGACAUGUUGGGAGAAAUUUUUCACUGGAUUUUACUCAGUGUUGCUAAUAUUAUUUUUCCUUAAUAUGCCUUAUUACUGGAGUUUGCACGUAAAAAAAACUAAACCUAACCAUUUAUUUUGCUUAUUGUUUAUUUAUUUUGGAUUCCUGCCUUUUUGCCUUUUAAAGUUUCAUCCGUUGUUUUUUUUGGGGGGUGGGUGGGCUGUUUCUUUAGCUGUAAAUGAAAUGUAGUGUUAGAUUGUAUCGGGGUGUUGGCUGCUAAAAAAAACAAGAAAUAAAAUCCAGCCUAUUAAAAUGUAGUAUUUAAUAAUUUAUUUUACUUGUGAAUUAGAAAUGGGUAUUUUUUUUUUUUAUUUGGUGCUUUUUGAUUUGCCAUGAUGCGUUUAAUCUGUCAUAAAUUUAUUCUGUUCUACCCGAUUAAACAAACAGAAUCCACCACAAGCCCCCCAUUUUUUUUCCUUUUCUUUUUAUCCCACUUGCCUUGAGCAGUUCACUGCAUUUCAAAGUAACAUUUCAGCAGCUACUCGAUAAGAAAUGUGUAGAGAUUGCAACCCCACACAUGCGUCUUUUUGCUUGUGUAUGCUACGUUAACUUUCCAGCCUUAUAUGUACAUGUAUCUUGAUUAUUUUAAAACAUUGAGAAUUCUUGUUUUGUUAAAACUGCUAAAUUAACAUGCCAUCUGCUAUGAAAUUAUUGGUUUCAUUUUAAUAUGACCUUUUGAUUAAUAAUUACUUAUUUAAAUAUUUAAAUUAAUCUAUAUAACGAUUUUCACUUUUUGAAUUAAAUUUCUGAAAUAAAUAAACUUUUCAGUGAUAUUCUAAUUAAUUGAGAUUUACCUGUGUGUGUGUAUACAGUCAGCCAAAAAAAAUGUAUACACACUUCAGUAAAAGAUAGACUUGUAUAAAAAUUUUAAAUACUAAAUACUGAUAUAGAUAAUAUAAUAUGUGUGUAUUUUAUAUAUAUAUAUAUAUAUAUAUAUAUAUAUAUAUAUAUAUACACACACACACACACAUACUAUUUGUCAUAUUGAUACAAUCGAGUUAAAAAAAUAUAUCUAUAUGAACUGUUUUUGUGCUAUGUAUGUAAAUUUUCUUUGCUACCAGGUACAGCACCGAGCGAGUCAGGUAGUGAAGGAUGAGAGUGUUCAGACAGUUUUGUUUUUUUUGUCCCUCCUUUUCCAAAACAGAAUUUUAGUUCUGUUAGCCUCAGUUCAUUUUGUGUAAGAAUAUUGUAUUAAUUUUAACUAUUUCAUAUUGACUGAGGUGAAAAAGCUGAUAUGAAAGUGUAAAGGUUAUUUCUAAAAAAAACAGUAGCUGAACGGUCAACCUUCUGAAAAUUGCAGAAAAUAUAUUUUAAGUUGUUUUUUGUUUCUCUCUUCUUGAUGACAUAUAUUUGAUUAAAAUGUUUUAUUGUGCUUAAUAUUGUUAAAACUAUACAAUUUUUCUUUUUUCUCCAUUUUAUUUGGGUUCAAAUAAAUAUUUAUUUCAUUUGGAACACCAUGCAGUUGUUUAAGGCCUUUUUUAAACUUAUUAUUUCCUAGAAGUUGAAAGCACAUAAUUGUCCAGUAUGUUUGUGUUUGCUCUAAUUUUAGAGUUUCCAUCUUUUGGAACUAAGGGGCAAAAAUAUGUUCCAGCAUGACUGUGCUCCUUAGUACAAAGCCUACACAGAGCCCUGAAUAAAUUAGAUAAAUUGGAAUGCAAACUUUAUACCAGGUCUUCUUGUUUGACCUAACUAAUGUUUUUGUGGCUGAGAAAGAAGAGAGGCUGAUGCUCUAACAGCAAAGAGGGGUACAACUCUGGAACGGGAUGAUAAACAUCCCAGGUGAUUACAUACAAGGGUUGCACAAUGAAACUGAAACGCCUGGUUUUAGACCACAAUAAUUCAUUAGUAUGGUGUAGGGUCUCCUUUUUGCGGCCAAUAUAGCAUCAAUUCAUCUUGGGAAUGACGGAUACAAGUCCUGCACAGUGGCCAGAGGGAUUUUGAGCCAUUCUUCUUGCAAAAUAAUGGCCAGGUCACUACGUGAAAACGUUUCCUGACUCGCUCCUCUAAAACAUUCCGAAGUGGCUCAAUAAUAUUUAGAUCUGGUGACUGUGCAGGCUAUGGGAGAUGUUCAACUUCACUUUCAUGUCCAUCAAACCACUCUGUCACCAGUCUUGCUGUGUGUAUUGGUGCAUCAUCAUCCUGAUACACAGCACAGACUUCAGGAGACACAAGUAUUGGGCCUAGGGAAUGCUAUGAUAUUGCAGCCCAAACCAGGACUGAUUCACCCCCAUGCUUCACUCUGGUCAUGCAGCAGUCUGGGUGGUACGCUUCUUUUGGGCUUCUCCACACCGUAACUCUCCUGGAUGUGGGAAAGACAGGAAGGUUGACUCAUCAGAGAACAAUACGUUGCCCACAGCCCAAGAUUUUUACUGCUGGCACCAUUGAAACCGAUGUUUGGCAUUGGCACGAGUGAACAAAGGUUUGGCCACAUCAGCCCGGCCAUGUACAUUGACCCUGUGGAGCUCCCGACAAACAGUUUUGGUAAAAAACAGGAGAGUUGAGGUGCACAUUUAAUUCUACAGUGAGUUGGGCAGCUGUGGUUUUAUGUUUUUUGGAUACGGUCCGGGUUAGCACGCGGACAUCCCCUUCAGACAGCUUCCAAUAUUAAUAAUAAUAAUAAUAAAUACAAUUAUUUUUAAUACUGCAUUAAAGGACUUGUUAAGAUUUUUGAUUUGUUUAGAGUCUGCUAUUUAAAGUCGUUAGGGUUUUUUGUUUUUCCAUGUCACUAAAGAUUUUCAUGAAUAUUGCAUGAAAUCAAACAAGUCUGUCUAACAUGUUUACUUUGUGUGUACAAUCCGGUCUACUCUCUUCUGAUGAAUAUGUAUACAUACAAAUAUAUAAAAUGCUGAGUGUGAAGGCUCAUUGUAGUGUCUGAUAUUACAUGAUCAUUAUACACAAA